UUUUAUUGGUUAAUAUAUCUUACGUAUGACGGUAAACAUGGGGAUUCACUGCCUAUUUUACUUAAAGCACAUGACAAAAUGUUUAUGACAGAUUCACAAUCUUCGUCUAAACAUGUUGAUACAUUUUCCAAUCUAUUUUCUCCUUCUUCCACUAGUAACUACGCCAAUAAACACAAUAAGUUCAUGGUGGAUAACAAAUUGGCUUUUUGUAUACCUAAACAGAAGAAAAACUGCUAAAAUACCCUAGACAAAGUAAACUUAAAACAUACACGUAUACAUAAAAAAAUUUUUUAUAAUAGGUUAUCAAGUCGUCUUAACGAACACUGGCAAAUUGCUCCAAGUUCCAAGGUCUGAUUACUCUGCUUUGUGAUCUUAAAGAAUCUGGUGACGUCACUGCUCCGUACUCUUUAUGAUCCAAGAUCUCUUGGAGCCGCAAGGAGUAGCAUCUAACGAACGGGGCUAUUAUUUACUUAGUCUUGCUUAGUACUUUUAAGAAUGUUUAGAGUUCAUUAUCAGAAAAGUAAUAAACAUGCAACAAAUAAUCUUGGAAGAAACAUUUUGUACGCUAUGUCUAAAUACUAUAAGGGAUUCCAAUUGCCAGAUGAUAGAUGUUAUAAAGGAUGUUCUAAAAAUUCUUUUGCCGGAUUUGAACUUAGAAGAAACAGUGAAACAUUUCAUGUGUACAGUAUGUUCGGGAAAAUUGUUUGCUGCUUUUAAUUUUAAGGCAAGAUGUACGCACACCGAGGAUAUUAUUUUUCCUUAUAUUAGUGCAAGUAGAACGUCAACGGUUGAUUUAAAAGAAAUUUAUCUGAAAGAAAAUGGAAAUAAUCAGAUAAUCAAUAUAUUGGAAGAUCACAGAAUUUGUCGGUUAUGUUUUCAGUUAGUUACAGACGAAUUUGCGGCACUAAAAGAAGUAGAUGGUGGCAUAAUCGAUAUGUAUAUACCACAAGUUAACAUCAGUGCCACGAGAGAUCCUGUUAUAUGUAGAGCUUGCUUUGAUUCACUUCAUACUCACAGCAGUUUUUUAAGGAACUGCCUCGACACAUGGGAAAAAUAUAAUUAUGUUGAUGAACCGUUUUACGUUAAAAUUGAAGAAAUUGAAAUAAAACUGGAAGAUAAUGGUCGUGAUCCACAGGAGAAAUAUGGAUGUGAUGACAACCAGUCUAAAGAGAUUGAAAUAAAACUGAAAGAUGAUGAGAAAGGUGGUUCAUCUCCAGACGACUUAGGAAAUGAAACAAUUGAAUACAAAAAGAUGCACCAUUCUCAAGAUAUAGAACAAAUAAAGGGCAAAUAUAUACAUAAAUGUGAGAUAGGAUCAAAAGAACAUCGUAAUGUUCCAAUACCCAAAAGAAAAACGUCUCGAUUUACAAUGUGUGAACGAUUCUAUCGAUGUGAUAAAUGUAAAUAUAAAUCUAGGUUCAAAACUAAUCUGAAAAGGCAUCAGUUAGUACAUGGAAAACCGUCAGAAUGUAGUUUUAAAACUAAGUAUAAGAAUGGCCUCGAAAAACACAAGUUGUUACAUAACAACCCUUCAGAAAUGCAAAUGUACAAAUGUGACACAUGCAGUUUUGAAACCAAACACAAGCGUAAUCUAAAACGUCAUCAGUUAAAGCACAAAGACCCUUCCGAAAUCCAAAUAUACAAAUGUGACAGAUGCAGUUUUGAAACCAAACACAAGGGUAAUCUAAAACGUCAUCAGAUAAAGCACAAAGACCCUCCGAAAAUCCAAAUGUACAAAUGUGACACGUGCAGUUAUGAAACCAAACGCAAGGAUCAUCUAAAACUUCAUCAGUUAAGACACAAAAAUCCUUCGGAAAUCCAUAUGUACGAAUGUGACACAUGCAGUUUUAGAACCAAACGCAAGGAUGAUCUAAAACGUCAUCAGUUAAGGCACAAAAACCCUUCAGAUACACAAAUGUGAUGCGUAAUGUACACAUAUCAAACUAAUUAUAGGAGUAGCAUAAGGCAACAUCAAUUAAGACAAAGAUUUUACAAAAAUCUAAACGUACAAACGCGACUAUUGAACUUACAAAAUCAAAUGUAAGAACAGUUUCAAUCAUCAGUUAAGGCACAAAGACCCUUCGGAAAUCCAAAUGUACAAAAUCUGAUAAAAGUAAGAUAUAUUUAAACAAGCAUAGGUUAAAACACAAAGACUCUUCGUAAGUACAAAUGUACAACUGUGAUACUUGUAGUUAUUAAACCAAAGUAAGAUAUAUUUAAACAAGCAUCCCUUAAUACACAAUAACUCUUUAGGAGUCUAAAUAUACAAGUGUGCAUCAUGCAGUUAUCAGGCUAAAUGGACGAGUUAUUUGAAGAGACAUUUCUUAAUCCACAAACAUUCGAGAAAUCCAAAUGUACAAAUGUGAUUCUUGUACCUGAGACUAAACAUAAGCCAUUAAGAUAUUUUAAUAAACCUUAACAAAGGUUCAAAAUUUCAAUGCAAAUAUGACCGGUAUAUUUUGUGGAAAAAUUGCACUCAUGUUCUGCAUUGCUUUUAGAAGAUAAGUUAUAAAUUUGUUUGUUGUCUGCCUUAAUACAUAUAUUAAAGAAAAUAAAACAGGA